AUGGAACAUAGUGAAGAAUACAAACUAUUUAAGAGUUGGGUACCAGCUCAAAAGAUCAGUUUGGGUGGUCUGAGUGAAAAGGUUUGGAAGUACUAUGAUUUCGGUCCAAAGGAUGUUGCUCCACUCAUCCUCAUACCAGGUGUAAGCGGUACUGGUGAAAUCUUUUAUAAACAAAUGGUAUCUCUUUGUCCAAAAGGUUUCAGAUUAAUAGCUAUACAUUAUGCACCAUACGAAUCAUUAAUUGGAUUUUGUAAAGGAUUUGAUCGGUUCUUGGACAAGUUGGGAUUAGAAAAGGUACAUUUAUUGGGUACUGCUUUGGGAGGGUAUUUGGCACAAUGCUAUUAUCAAACGAGACCUAGUAGAGUAUUGUCGUUGAUUCUCAACAACUCGUUUUGUGAUACUCAAUACUUUCACGACAAUGCAUCUUGUGCUGCCAUCUUUUCAUUGAUGCCAGAGUUUAUGUUAAAAAGAAUCGUCCUAAACAACUUUCCACAGGGUGAAGUCGAGCCCGACGUUGCCGAGGCAAUCGACUUUAUGGUACAACAAUUAGAAACACUCAAUCAAUCUGAACUCUCUUCAAGACUCAAUCUCAACUGUGCAUUGGGUAUGCUUAAUCCAUCUGGUGGUUUAAUGAGUAAUAUUACUAUUAUUGAUACAUUAGACUCAACAACAAUACCAGAAAGAUUAAGAGAAGAGGUUUAUAAAUUCUAUCCAAAUGCAAAGAUUGCUUAUUUAAAGAGUGGUGGAGAUGUUGCCUAUUUGUCAAAGGCAUCAGAGAUGAAUGUUCACAUUCAAGUUCAUCUUCGUAAUUUUGGUUUGGAUCCAUUAAAAGAAGAUGGUAAAGAUGAUGAUGAUGAGGAGGGUGAGGAGGAAGAAAAGGAGGAUAACAAAAACAAAGAAGUGAAUGAUGGAGAAUCACCAACAAGAUCAAAAGAACAAAAUACCGCCACUACCUCUACUACAUCAUCUUCAACAUCCCCAACAACAAAUAAUAUAAAUAAUAAUCAACCACCACCACCUGUUCAAGAAAGAAAGAGUUUAUUCAAUGAUACACAUUUAAAUGAUGAUGGAGAAUUGGAAGAAGAUGAAGAUGAAGAAUUAUACCAAAGUAUUUUCAAGAAUGCAAAGACUUUGUCAAACAAUAACAACAACAACAAUGGUACUUACAACAACAAAGAAUCAAUUUUCGAAUCAGCUGAUCAUCAUGAAUAG